GAUGUAACCGAAGGGACCGAUACCUAAGACUACAGUUCCCAGAGUUCACAUUCUUCUCCGCGUCAAACUAUAUCGGUCUCUCUUACUGCUAGCAGCAGUCACAUCGAACUCCUUGUAAACAUUCAAAUAAAACCUAGUGAGCAUAAUUUUACUCCACUCGUCACCCCCUAAAUUUAGUCAAAUGCUUGUCAGCGUUGCUUCAGACUGUGCUCUUUGUGUACCCGCGUAGUUUACAGCAGCAGAGAAGGAAGAGGAGGAUGGAGAACGCUGAUGGGACACACCGGUCUGAAACAUGCUAACAUGAUAGAGGUGCCAUAUGGGGCCAGUGUGGUAUCCAAACGUUUCUCUCACAGUGAUGUGGGGGAGCUGUACAAAAACGAGUCAGUUCAGGUGUAUCUCCAGCAGCUCAUGAAGGAGUACGAAGACCUGAGCAAGCAGCUACAGCACGCAUCCCUCAGCGAGUCAGAUAGAAAAGUGCUCAUAAAGAAACACACUGAGCUGCUGCCUCUGGCCAGUGUGUUUGGGAGUAUUGAACAAGCCCAGAAAGAGCGAGAGGUCAGUUCACUUCUAAAAACUGGCACCAAAGAUGAAGAGAAACAUCUGGCCCAGCUGCUAAAAGAGGAGGAAGCACAAAUCUCCAGCAAGAUUUGGCCUUGAAAAAGAUGUAAGAACACAAAACUAAUCAAAGCUCUUAUCCCCACUGAUCCUCUUGACCCAAGUGAUGUUCUGCUGGAGGUCGUAUCAGGGCGGACAACAGGAGGUGACAUCUGUCAGCAGUUUACCAAAGAAAUGUUUGACAUGUACCAGGGUUUUGUAUUUUACAAAGACUGGGACUUUGAGGUGUUGAACUACACACCUGCAGAGUAUGGUGGUCUGCACCAUGCAGCAGUCAGAAUAGCCGGGGAGAACGUGUACAGGCACCUGAAGCAUGAAGGAGGAACACAUCGGGUUCAAAGGAUCCCUGAGGUGGGCCUCUCCUCCAGGAUGCAGCGGAUCCACACAGGGACCAUGACCGUCAUCAUCCUGCCUCAGCCAGUGGAGUUUGAAGUCCACAUCGAUCCAAAGGACCUUAGAAUCGACACAUUCAGAUCUCGUGGUGCUGGGGGUCAAAGUGUCAACACAACAGACAGUGCAGUGCGCAUAGUUCAUCUUCCGACGGGUAUAACUGCAGAGUGUCAGCAGACUCGAUCUCAGCUGCAAAACAAAGAAACUGCCCUGCGCAUGCUGAGAGCCAGGCUCUACCAAAGCAUGAUGGGUAAAGAGACUAAACAGAGAAAUACAGCACGAAAGCAGCAGGUGGGCACGCGCUCCCAGUCAGAGAGGAUUCGCACCUAUAACUUCAGUCAGGACCGUGUCACAGAUCACCGCACAGGAUAUACAACUAGGGAUAUUAAGGAGUUUAUGAGAGGUGGGGAGGCUCUCGAUGAUCUGAUCUCUGAUGUACUUGAACACACAGAGAAGCAGGCUCUUCUGGAGGUGGCGGUGAGCAGCAGCAGACUGAGGCAAACAGCAACUCAUUAAGUAUAAAAUAUGCAUAAUGCUAGAUGUGUUUCGCCACACGUUUUUCUAUUAUUUGCGCAAUUUAUUGCAAAGAUACCGUGUAAGACAAACUGCAAGUGU